AUGGAGAUCAAAUUUUUAGUUUUACUCUUUUUAUCUUAUAUUUCCACCACCAAAUCCUCAGAAGAUAAUGAAAUCCCAGCAUCAGUUCGGCGAGCCCUGAUCCUCGACAUUCUCUACAACUUAAACAUACUCCAUGAUGCCCCUGUCAGAAAGACUCAGUUUGUUGGCCGGAAGUUGAAUGAAGCCAGAACAGAUUUGGCCAUACAACGUGCUAUUUUAGAUCAAUCAAAACCAGUUCAGAGCAAUGCUCCAAGGUUCGAGAAAUUGGUAGCACCAUCACCUUCAGAUAACCAGGCUAACAAACCACCAGAGAGUCUGUUGGAUGAAUUCAACUCGCCAAAGCAGAGAAUCAAAGCGCCAUCUUUUCUUCAGCCCAAACGUAAACCACCUCUUGGAAUUGGAAAUCCCAAUAUAUUCGUCAAGAGACCAGAUUCAGUAUGGGCUUAUAUGAAUUUGGACAAUCCGAAAUCCACGCUUGAAAUCCAAACAACAACAGCGCCACCUACGAGUAGGACAUUUCAAGUAUCGAUUAACUCCCCUUCUAUUGUUGCGCCACCUACCACGUUCGAUCCCGACGCCAUUCGUACACAGAGUCCUCCAAACAAUGGCGGUAUGGUUCCCGAAGUCCUUAAUACCAAUCCAGCGACUGGACGUUCCGACACGACAGUCACAACAGCAUCUCCAAUGAGCUUGGAUCCGUUGGGGAACCUAUUUUACAAUUUGCUUCAGAAUCAUAAUCAAACAUUCAGUCCUAAUAGUGACAUACCCCAUACACCCGCGGAAGUGACUACAAGUUCAGUGCCUCAGAUGAAAAACAGUACAGCGACCCAGAUCAAAAACAGUGCAGGAGAUACACUCAACGCGGAUUUUCAUGAUCCGUUUGCUCAUCUUAUGUCAAACUUAUUGAAAAUUCCAGGAGCUUUUACGAAUCCCAUUCCUGGAUCCCCGAAUUCUCCGGGGACAGAUGCAUUGAAUCCUGAUAUUGCGUCAACUUCAAUUGAUCCUGUGGUGAACGGCACAGAUCCGAUGGCAAACCUAUUUUCCCACUUACUAGAUCAUUCACCAACAUCAUUUGGAGUGACUAAUUUUGAACCAGAGCCAGCAUCGACGUCAAGUCCAUUACCGGACAACAUUUUACCUACCACAGCUUCACCGACAACUACUGACUCAAAUGCUGCGUUCGGAAACCAACCAGCUGAGCAAGUUCUAACAAGUCCAACGACGUCAAGUCCAUUACUUGGCAUUAUUUUGGCUUCACCAGCCCCUUCAGAAGCUACUCCAGUCAACCAGGACACCAUCAUAAACGCUUUCAUCCCACCACCUUCACUUACCACCGCUACAACACCAUCUCCAAACAUUUACCAUAACCAUUUACCCAACUGGCAACAAUCUGAACCAACGAGCACAAAUACUGCUCCAGUUGGUCAAAAACACCAAAAUAACGUAACAGAUGCUUUCCAAGAUCUACCUUUAACAUCAACCAAUUUCCAGAAUCAAGUAUCAAACUCAAUCAAGCAAUUUGGACCGACCAUGGUGCAUUCAACAAAUAAUGACGCGGGUCAGAUGCAUCCGAACUGGAUACUGACGAAUCCACCGUCGGUAAUCCGCGCAUCGGAACCAGUUCUACCGACCAAGGUACCAGGAGACGCAACUGUACCGCAAGCGUCUCAACCUAACGGGCUCCAUCAACCAGCUGACGUUACUAAUGCUUUGAUCCAAAUGUUCACUGCGUCAGUUCCCGAACCACCAUCAGAGGAUAACGAAUUAAGUGACUUAGAGAAAUUGUUAGCUCCUCCAACGAUAUUUUCUUUAGGUUCCAAUGCUGGAACGCCAUCUUCAAUUGCCACCAAUUGGGUUUCAGGAGUGGAUUCUCAACUACCCAAUCUUUCCCCCACGGUUCUACCUAAACCAGGAAACAAGUUUGGAACUAAUGAUCAGAUGGAAAUUGUCCCCACGUUUACGCCCACAACUGUCGGACCACCAGCAGUCGUACCAGAAAUACCAGCAACCAACGUACAUCCUCUGAUAUCAAACAUAAUUCGACAAAAUGCUGGCACCAACCAACCGUCUUCUGUUCAACCAACUACUCCUUCGACAAUGACUCCAGUUCGCCGUCCAAACCCUUUCUUCAAUGCCAGACCCUUUCCAAAUACCCAAGUUCGACAUAGAGAUAAAUGA